GGUGAAUGAUGCGGAGAUGGAGAGACUGGAAAGUGAGAAGGUCCACUUGAAGACAACACAGAAAUUCAAUGAAGCUGAGGAACAUGUUCUCAAAUUGCAGAAAGAACUCAAACGAUCUAUCAAUAAAUCUAAAUUGUCGAUCCAGUGUAGUUUUCUCAGACUUUCAGACAUUGUUAACCAAUAUGAAAUUGAACUCUUGCCAUACUUUGAAAUGAAAGCCAAAUUCAACCAAAUGAUGGAGGAAAGAAAGAGAAAUGUAAUGAUGUUAGAGGAGUCAGUGUCUAAUUCUAAAAAGACGUAUUCUGACGCUCUUCGUAAUUUGGAGGAGAUCAGUGAGGCAAUCCAUCAAAAACGUCUUGAGAUGCGUAAUCAGGCUGAACUUGGAAUUCGUGGUGCUGGUGUAGGGUCUGAGUCACCGUCACCACCUCCAAUGAGGGGUAAAGUCCAUGUGUCUAUUGAUGGUAAAACAACACACUUAGCAAGUAGUUGCAGUACAGGUAAUAGUCUGACUACUGCAACGUCUGCCCAGUUUAGUGUUAGCGAUUCAUCUAGUCAGGAGUUCAGGCCCCCCUCAGUAAUUUAUUCCUCUCCUGAGAAGGCUCGACGGGAGAGUUAUCGACAGGCAAUCGAAGAACAACAGUCUAUGCACGGUAAUCUUGAAAAUAUCACAGAAGACUUUAGCGUGAAUCUAGAUGACGAAUAUUUAGCUUUACCAAGUAAUUCAUCUGAAAACAUUUCUAAUAAAGAUGAAUCUGACAGUAUUUUUAAUAAAGGUCAAGACAGAGCUUCAGUACAGGACUCUGUGAGUAUUGAUACAAAUAAAUCAGGAGGAUCAUCUCCCUUGUCCUCUUCUCUUGGGAAGGGCAAAAAGUCGUCUGCCAAACUGAAAGGUCUCAUUUUAACCCCAGUAGGGGCUGGGUUGGACCCUCUACAGGCCAAUCUUAGAAUCACAACAAAACAUGUUGCAAGGUCAAGUACUGAACCAAUUAGACCUAUGUCAUACCCAUACACUCAUAAUACUGAUAAUAGAAAUAGAGUUGUCCCACCUGUUGUCAGCUCUUCAACCAAAGAGGAAAAGAAAGUAGGAACAGAAGAGGAAAUUACAACACCAGGGUCAGAAAAAUCAUUCAGGAGAUUGCUGAAAGUUCCGUCCAUGCAGGACUUUGAUGAGGGAUCUGUUUCAGACACUGAAAGUAUUACCAGUGGAACCAUGCUCAAUGAUGAUCAAGUAGAGUUUCUAACGAUGGAUUUUUCAAAAUCUAGACUGGAUGCUCUGGAGGAAAACCCAGACUUCCACAAAUAUCGAAGGUUCAGUUUACCUCCAUCACUUACUCAAGUAGAUACUUUUGUGAGACAGUUCUCAAAUGAAAAUGAUACUGCCAGUAAAAGUCCAGAAGAAAGGGACGUUUUAGACAUAAAUGAUGUUGCUAAUAAUACUCUCAUAGCUGAAAGUACAGUAAAUCCCGAGACUGUGGUUGAAGUUUAGGAUAAUUAAGCAGUUUAUGCAGCAAUUUAUUGUCUUAUAUUUUUAUGUUACCCGAAGGGCGAGCAUAUAGUUGCCACUUUGUCCGUCCUUCCGUCUUUACCUAGUUUUUUUUAAUUAUCUCCCUUUAUUAUACAAAAUAAGGCUUGUCCGGAGCAUUUCUUGAAAAGUAUUAACUGCAUAUAAGGCUUGUCAGGAGCAUUACUUGAAAAGUAUUAAUGGCGUUUCAUUGAAACUUCACAAAAUGAUAGAUGCCAUUUUUAUGGCCCCCUUCAAAGAAGGAGUGAUAUAUUGUUUGCAGAUGUUGGUCGGUCGGUCGGUUGGUCUGUAUAUAGACCAAUCCAUUUCCAGAUGAUAACUCGAGAACGCUUGGGCCUAUCAUGAAAGUUGAUAGGGAGGUGAGUCAUGACCAGCAGAUGACCCCUACUGAUUUUGAGGUGAGUAGGUAAAAGGUCAAGGUCACAGUGACCUGGAACAGUAAAAUGAUUUCCGGAUGAUACCUCAAGAACGCUUGGGCCUAGGACCAUGAAAAUUGAUAGGGAGGUUGGUCAUGAGCAGCAGAUGACCCCUAUUGAUUUUGAGAUCAGUAGGUCGAAGGUCAAGGUCAGAGUUACACGGAACAGUUAAAUGGUUUCCGGAUGAUAACUCGAGAAUGCUUGGGCCUAGGAUCAUGCAAGUUGAUAGGGCAGUUGGUCAUUUAGAUAGCAUAUGACCUCUAAUGAUUUUGAGGUCGGUAGGUAAAAGGUCAAGGUUACAGUGACCUGGAACAGUUAAACCGUUUCCGGACGAUUGGGAACACUUGGGCCUAGGAUCACGAAACUUGAUAGGGAGGUUGAUCAUGACCAGCAGAUGACACCUAUUAAUUUUGAGGCUAGUAGCCCAAAGGUCAAGGUCAAAGUGACCCGGAACAGUUAAACAGUUUCAGGAUGAUAACUUGAGAUUGCUUUGGCCUAGGAUCAGGAAACUUAAUAGGGAGGUUGUUAAUGACCAGCAGAUGAUCCCUAUUGUUUUUGAGGUAAGUAGGUCAAAGGUCAAUGUCACAUUGACCCAGAACAGUAGAUCUUUUGUGUACAGUGACCAAAUAAUUUCUGCAUCAAGGGGGGCAUUUUGUGUUCUACGAGCUCUUGUUUUUGUUUCUAAUACAUUAUUUUCCGUAUUGGGACAAGCACUUGCAUCGGGGAGCAUCAUUCGGUUUUACGGAUUCCUUGGAAUCUUAUUCAACAGCUGAAAACAUCUAUGAUCUUACAUCACAUUUUGACUGAGGUGUGGGGAUGUGAGUGGAAUGGACAGAAGGUUGAAGGUUUUCCUACAAGUCUAUGUCAGCAUACUAUCAAAAUAUAUUUCUACAGAAAAAGAGA